CCAAUCGGGCCACGGUCCUACGUUAGGCUGUCGCCCGUCCGACAUACAUCCAAAGUUCUACAGUCACGUCAAUUACGCUCUGAUCCGCUCUCAUUGCCAAUGUCAAGACGAGCUCGGCUAGCGCGGACGCUGGCCAAGGGUUGAAUCGUACAAGGCUAUAAGCAGCUGGCAGUUGCGAUGCAAGGCCGCUCUAGUCACUGCUCUUCGCACUCAUGGCUGACAACGCAUCCAAGUCCGCUGUAGACCCCAUGGUCCUGGCUAUGCAGGCUCACGCGCUCGAGCGCUCUCUCACGACAAGUCGUCCGCUGUCUGCCAGCGAGUUCUCGUACGCCUUGGGUCGGCGUGAGGGCGGCAUAGGCGAUCCUUCCACUAUCAUCUCGUUGGAGUGCACUGGAGGAUAUACCAUCGCCGAUGACGAGGUCGUCCUCGCCUGCGCGGCACUGCGCCUGCGAUACCCCCUCCUUGCGUCCAAUGUCACGUUCCUCGGCGGGCCACACUUCGUGGUCAACACGCCGGCGACGCUUGCGCACGCGCUGCAUGCGGCCAAGGCGCAGGUCGAUUUCCACACCUUCGAGGACCAGGAAAAAGCUGUGAUCGCGCUGCGCGAUGAGUGGCUCGCGGUUGACCCGAACGCCGCGCUUGACAUCCGCGAGCGGACGUGCGCUUUCUGGUGGGGCAGGGACGCGGACCCGCGGUCAGGAAAGUACGUGCUGGGCCUCAUCACAACGCACUUCGUCACCGACAACCGUCGCCGCCUGAACCUCGUACGCCGCCUCAUGGACCUGCUCGCGAGCCCAGGGAGAGCACAGGCGGAGCUGGAUGCGUACUUCGCUCAAAAGACCAAGCCCAUCCCGAUUCCUGUUCCUACUGAGCAACUCAAACCGCAACUGAGCGCAGAUGCUGAGGAGGCUCGCGAAGCCAAGAUCGCCUUCGACGAAUUGGUUGGCCAGUACGCCAAGCAGCCAAGGUCAGGCAUCACUGGUGAUGUUUCUGCUUUAAUCACGAAGGAACUCAGCGCGCGCAUGCUGCGUAAAGUUUGGUCGAGCGAAGAGACCGCUCGUAUCCUCCGCGCAUGCAAAGCGCACGGAGUCACGAUCACACACCUCGUCAAUGUCGCAGGUGCCCUGUCCUCCGUGCAUGACGAUGUUCCUUCUAGCAAAGUCGCCACAGCUGGCCAUAAACACGACGCGGUCCUCUUCGAGUUCAGUCAGCCUAUGGACCUCACUGCCAAGCUCCCACAACACCCCGGCGGGGUUGCGAGUGGCGAUAUGGAAGCCACCAUUCGCAUGGAGUUGUAUCCUGUCAUAAUUUGCGUCCCUCAUUCGACCGUGGCGGACCAAGCGAACCCGACAAGCGUGUGGGAAGUCGCCCAUCAGUUCAAGAAGCAGAAUGAUGCCUUCGUCAAGUCGCCCUACUUCUGGAACUUCCUCCCUAUGUAUCAGCCCUUGACGACCGAGGCGUACCACGCUAAGCUGGCUGGACAACCGGGAUUGCCGUUCAUGAGCAGCUUGGGCGACCUCAAGGCGAUCCUGCCUGCCCGUUACGCAGUGCAGGCGCCAAGCGCUACAAGUGGUCACGCGGGACAGGAUGGUGCGGAAAUCCGGAUCACGGAGAAUUGGACUGCUGGCAGAAUCGAUCCCUUAUCCCUCGCCUUCCAUCUCUUUACAUUCGACGGCCGGCUGUACCUACAGUUCAGGUACAACAAGAACCGCACGAGCGAUGCCCUGAUCGAAGCGUAUUUCAACCGUCUCGUAGACAUCGUAUCGAGAUCGGCUCAGGACGCGUAGCUGUAGCUCCUCAUACCUGCGACUUUCUUGACAUCUAGCAGCCUUAUGAUAUCUUUUGGAAUGGUCUCCGAGUCGUAGCCCACGCCUGACAUCCGCGUUGUCCGGCCUUGGUCAACGACGUGAACUAGAUCAGUCACGCGGCCAACAUAGAUCUCACAGAGAUCUCGCAGUAUGAUCCCCCGAAAUACUCAGCGGCUCAUUGAAGGCUCCCUCA